UAAAGCCAAGAACAAAACACUACUAACUAAGAUCUUGCCUUCACACAAUCUUAUAUCUAUCUUCUCAAUCAUCUCUCUUUCUCACAGGUACAUUUAAUAGGUAUAUGUUGUAAAAAAAAAAUGGGGAGAUCACCGUGUUGCGAUGAGAGCGGAUUAAAGAAAGGGCCAUGGACACCAGAGGAGGAUCAGAAACUGAUUUAUCAUAUAAGAAAACAUGGCCAUGGAAGCUGGAGAGCUCUUCCAAAGCAAGCCGGUUUAAACCGGUGUGGAAAGAGUUGCAGGUUGAGAUGGACUAAUUACUUGAGACCAGACAUCAAGAGAGGAAACUUCACAGCUGAGGAAGAGCAGACCAUCAUCAACCUCCAUUCUCUUCUUGGAAACAAGUGGUCGUCUAUAGCUGGUCAUCUCCCAGGAAGAACGGAUAACGAAAUAAAGAACUAUUGGAACACUCAUAUUAGAAAGAAACUAAUGCAGAUGGGGAUUGAUCCAGUGACCCAUCGGCCGAGAACCGACCAUCUAAACGUUCUAGCCGCUCUCCCGCAACUACUAGCUGCCGCAAAUUUCAACAACCUCUUGAAUCUAAAUCAAAAUAUACAACUGGACGCAACAAGUGUUGCAAAAGCACAGUUGUUACAUAGUAUGAUUCAAGUCCUUAGCAACAAUAACAAUGCCUCUUCGUCACUUGAAACUCAUCACACCAACAACAACAACCUCUUUGGCCAAUCUUCUUUCUUGGAGAACCUACCAAGUAUCGGUGAAAAUCUUUAUGAUCAAACCCAAAGCCUCUCCCACAUUGUUAAUCAGCCGCCUCUGGAUUCGUUUACUAGCCCCAUUCGUGUAGUUGCUCAUCAAGAUUAUCAGAAUUCUAUUCCACCGUUGAUUUCGGCAUCUCCUGAUGAUGAGUCUAAGCAAACCCAAAUGAUGGCCAAGAAUAAGGAAGUUCUGAGGCAUACUGAUCACACUUCAAACCCUUCAUCGACCUCAACGUUCACCCAAGAUCAUCAGCCAUGGUGUGACGUAAUUGAUGACGAAGCAAGUGAUUCUUAUUGGAAAGAUAUCAUAGAGCAAACUUGUUCGGAGACUUGGCCAUUUCGUGAAUAGAGAGACGAAAGAAGAACAGUAGCAUUAUUUUUUUCUGUGGAUAUAGGUAUAUACAUAUAUAGUUUGUGUAUUAAUUAUUUUUCGACUAUGUGUACAACACACAUUGAUACUGUACAAAAUUGAUUUUGCAUAUAUUUGUAUCAUAAUAAUCUUUCAUUGA